AUGUCGCUCUUGUGGCUCUCCUUCUUCCUCCCCUUUUGCACCCUCCUUCUUCUCCCCCAGGCCAAGAGCGCCCAAGAAGAGCCAUGUGUUUCUAAAGUGGACUGGAUGGGAAAUCGAAGCAGGGCUUCUGUGUUUAUCAAGCCACAGCUCCGUCACCUUGCUCCUACUCCCGUCUGGAGGUCCCGGCAAAUUGCGAGCAGAGAGGAGAAGAGUGAAUGUGCUCACUCCAAAACUGAAGCUGGCUUCAGAGACCUUGUCAGCAAUCCCCUGCCGAAGGAGCACACCGAGAAAGAAAACACAGUGCAAGACUCCAGGCAGGUCCAACACAAGCUGCUUCGUGGUCUGGAGAGACCAGAGGGUUCUGAGGAGCACAAGAAGGAUGAAGAAAGUGAGAGUGCAGAGGAAGGAGAAAGACUAAAGAAAGAGAAGGGAGAUGGAGCAGUACACGAUUCAGCAUUGGCCAUUGCCAGGUCUGCAACUGGGAUGGACAGACGAGGAAAUGGCCAUGCAUCAAUCAAAUACAACCAAGGGGAUGAGAGGGAAAUUUGCAGGACAGCAGCAUCAUUGGAGCUAAGGAAAGAACCAUGCAGAAGCAGAGGAACCAGAGAUGUUGUAUUCACCACUGUGCACCUGUUACCCAGGUCAGAAGGAGAGCAAUGCAGGCCCACUGCCAGCAGCUUACCCCGGCUACUGACAGGACAUCAAGCUCAUAGCAAGGUUUUAGAUGAGGUUUGGAUGGUGAGAUCUACACAUCUGACUGAAUUGGUCCAGAGAUCUGACAGAAGUGACAGCAGCAUUUUGCAGAGUCCCAGGCUCAGACCCAAACCCACACCUCCUGGGACAGGUAGUGGUAGUCUCUUUUCACCAUCCAAGAAUUAGACCACAAACUGGUCUCAAGUGUCCAAUUGACAAUUCUUCCCCCGGUCUGAGCCCUGGGCAGCAAGCUUGGAUGUCCCCCCGUUUCAUCCAUCUGGGACUAUGAGUCGUAACUUCUCUAUCUCCAACUCCUUCCUCUUCUGAAGUAUUCAGGUACUGUUCUAAACACAGAAGGGCUCUAUUUUCCCUUGGCAUUUGCGGGAGAAUGUAUAAGAAUUCACAGAUCCUGUUCUCUCCAACAGUAGAAUUUUUUUGAUAUUUUAAUGCCACCCAGCCACCCAGAUAAUACACAGCUCAUCCAUAAAGUCAUCAGCGUGAAAAUAAUUUUUACCCAAUAGCCUUGAGAAAUGAAAGGCUUUGAAGAGAACAUGUGCACUCUUUUAUCUACUUGAUAAUGCUUUGCUGUACACCACAUACAACGUUAAACACUUUUAGCUCGAAAGUGACUGACAAACAGCCUCUUCUACUUUGUAAGAGCUCUCUAAAACAGACUCCAGAUCAGCAUUAAUGGGCUCCACUUUACCUCACACUGUGAUUUGGCAAAUAUACUCCUCUUACAAACCAUCUCAGUAAACAACACUCCUGAACCUUGACCUCAUCUGAAAGCAUUAGACUUUGGUCUUACAGUCAAAGUCGUGUCUAGGAGCUGCAGAGACCUUGAAUCAGCACAUUUUAACAGGGUUAAGGUUUUUUUUACCCUAUGUACUACUGCGUACUACUGAGACGCAUUUCUUUUUAAUAUCUUACAGUAUGUUGUUUAUUAAAGACAAAACGCCCUCUCAGAUCUUGGCCCCUUGUAAGGCAUUUCACGGUGAAGUGUUUUCAUGGCUGCCUCUGCAGUAUGAGUCACAUGUGCAUGCUGCUAUGGCUCUUUUGAGUGUUAGUGGAAAUUGAGUUGUUGCUGAGAUAAUACUAUAUGAUGAGGGUUCUCAAAUAAGUAGGAUUAUUACAGUGUCUUUUGAGUCUGCUCUGUUUUUUUGUGAGAUGUCCUCCUUGCACACUGUAUACAAACUGGUUCUGUGCCACAGUGCAGAUCACAACUACAUGAUCAUUUCUAUUGUCAUGAUAAGUGGAGCGUAUGAUUUUAUAUUUUCAUUAUCUACAUUGCGUUCAACAAAAAGAACCUUUUUGUCAAUAACUUGCCACUGUGUAACACAUUGGCACACACAGUGUUCGGUUGGAGACACUUCACGUGCCAAGUGAAAGUAAAAAGAUUUCUUGGUAAUAUUACUUUUUAAUACCAAGUAGUGCAGUAAUUCUUAAUAUUUAAUCACUUCAGUCAUGGAUUUUAAAAUUCAAUUAAUUAUAGAACAUUUUCAAUAAGUGUAUGUAAGUUAUGAGUCAUGUUUAAAUUGUGAAUAGAUUUGCUGUUAUUUUGAACACACUCGUCAUUACACCUGGAUUUAAAGAAUGCAUAUGGAUAUCAAGACUAUUUAUUACCUUGGUCCCAGUGUUUAAAAGGGAUAAAGGUAACUAAUGUUGAUAUUGCAAACUUUAGCAUAAGGUAUUUAAAAGGGUAUUGAAUCUCUGCUCCAGGAAAGUGAUGAGAUAAAAAAACAAAUGUGCGUUUGAAUUGAGUCUCAGAUUUGCUUUUGUGAUUACCAAACCGAACACUGACUACACACAGGCAUGCAAUGCUAAUGGCAUUAAGACAUUCACCCUCAUCCCAGACCAUUGCCUCCUACACUCCCUAUGGUUUGUUUUCGUGUGUGUGAGUAAGUGUUGGUUGUGUGUAUCACGUCUUUGCCCUGCAAGACUCCUGCCAAUCGAUUCAAGGUGAGACCUGUCGAUUAAACACCCUGAGCCGUGCUCUCUACCUAACCCCAGGGCGAUUCAAUCUCACCCCUUACACACACAUGCACACAACCGUACACAAACUCACGCAUGCAUACACACCCACCUCACCUGUCAUCCAUCGAUAUCUCCAUCUGGACCUCUAUUGAUCCAUUCCAUCCAUCCUCUUCACCACAUGCAGUGCAACAUCAGGGCCAAGACAACAUCCGUACAGGUUUAAUUUCUGACAGAUUUACAAUAAAGCUCAAGUUAUUAUUUAACUCUUCCAGACGCAGUGUGCUCUUUGAUUUAGCACUCUGGGAGAGGAUGAGUUACAGCUGACACGGAGAAUCUGCCGCGGCUGGAAUGGUAGGCACCCGGUUCAUAACUCAGCAGCCGAAUGUGUAGUUAGUCAAUCACUUGAUCUGUAAUCACAAAUGCUGCCAGAAAUUACAUGAGUGAUGAGCUGUAAUAAAAGCACUUACUUUUCCUG